UGAGGCGGCUGUGUCGUACUCGUGGGUGCUGCAGGGAUUGAGAGAUAUUUUCGGCAGUGCUCAGACUCCUAGCGUCAUUGUAACCGAUCGUGACGAAGGUUUAUCUGCAGCUAUUCGUGACGUCUUCCCAGAUGUACGUCAUUUGUUAUGCACCUGGCAUAUUGGCAACGAUGUUGAGAACAUGGUGGACAAGUUGUGCGGCGGCAAGAAAAAUCAACAAGGGCAGAUAUUUAGGAAAAGUAGAUGGAACCCCUUGGUUGAAAGUGCUACAAUCCGGGAAUAUGAAAAGAGAUGGGAAGGGAUCGUCAGUACGUGGUCGGUUAGGAACCGAAGGGUCGUUCGGUAUUUGACUGGAACAUGGAUUCCACUUAGAGAGAAAUUUGUGCGUGCGUGGACGAAUGAUUGUUUACACUUGGGUAACCAUACUACCAGCAGAGUGGAAAGCCAACACUCGUCUUUUAAGUAUUACCUUGGUAGCGGUAAUAGCUCAUUCGAUACCCUUUUCAAAAGGGCGCACGCACAGAUUACAAAUCAACAAGCUAAAAUCCGACAAUCGCUACAGGAAUCCAUGACUUCUGUACCAAGAACGCUACGACAAUAUUUCUUUAGACCUCUAUAUCGCCACGUGUCUCUCUAUGCCUUGGAGCAGAUCCAGAAUGAGUUUAACCGCAUGUUAGAACUGGGUGAUUUUGCAUUGAACAAAUGCGGUUGUGUACUUCUAAAAACCCAUGGAUUGCCGUGUGCAUGUUAUUUACAAAUAAAAAUUGGAUCACAUGGUGCUUUGUACUUGGAUGACAUUCAUGAAUUCUGGAGUACUUUGAGGUACACAGAGGUAGGAGACGAACCCAAUGAAGAAGUACGAAACGCGAACGCCAAUGACAAAGAGUACUUUCAAUCUCUGGUCGAUGAAGUCCUUAAAUCUGAUCCCGCUUUUGUUCGCCGAAUGGCUGAGGUACUUGAAUAUGAAUUACACCCAGAUGGUGCGGAUAUACCUGAGCCUUACGCUAGUCCACCGAGAAAGGGAAGACCAAGCACUAGUAAAACCAUGAGAAGGAGAAAAAGUUCAUUUGAAUAUAGCCGAUCAUCUUCUCGUGGUCGAGGGUCUAGAUCUUCUUCCCGCGGGAGAUCAAGUGGCAGAUCUAGUGGCCGAGAGACGCAAUCUUUAGUAGGAAUUAAGUUCAGUUUCAACUUAUCCGAUGAUCCAGAAGGUCGUGAUUUCUCACAGUUUCCAUGGCCUGAUUACAUCCCAUUCAUGCUUCCUCCUUAUUUGUUCGACUGGAUUGAUGUGUUAGCAACGUUUCUUAACAUUGCCAUUGCUUUUUAUGGUUCUGCUAACGGUGAUUCAUUAAACAACUGUUUGAUUCUUCCUUUAAGAAAAUCACAGGCCGCGAGAAGUGUAAAUAAACUAAUACAUAUACUUUGGGUUAAUCGAAAUCAUUUUGUUCAACUUUUUAUGAACGACGAUUCAUCCCCUCUGCCGCCGAUCCACCCACGUUGGAAACAAGCAGCUGACAAUUUCGCGAAAGAUCUUGACACAAAUUUCACUACGAGGAUUAUGCUGUGGAAUAAUCUACGCGGGGCACCCCCACCAACAAAUAACACCGCUGACGAUGCUGUAAAUUUAGAUACUCCAUAG